AUGGACGAUCGAGAGAAAGAACAGUCCCAGGAUGAUACCGGGCUCCUAGCAGAUGCAUCUACGCUGCUCAUGUUUUCAAAAAGCACUGCACCGAGACCAUCUGAAUCAUCUACAGCUAGUAAUGAACUUCCUUCAAUGGAACAUGCUUUAGAAGAGCAACAGCGACAAAGGGAACACGUGCAUCAUCAUUCUCACAAACAUCGUCGAGAGAGUCUGAGACCAUUGGAUGCAGCUGCAUCUGCUGCAGCUACUGCAUUGGCCACGGCUGCUACUGUUCCAUUACCGUUACUUCACAAAAAGCUGAAGAAAACUGCAUCAAAUAAACUUACUGAGGAAGAAGAAAUGCAAAAAGAAAUAUUUGAAAAUAAAGAGGGAACCCAAGUAGUAGAUGACUCGUAUAUUGUGGAUCCUGAUUCUGGAAUAAUUACAUGUAUUUGUGGAUUUGAUGAUGAUGACGGGUUCACUAUUCAGUGUGAUCAUUGUAAUAGAUGGCAGCAUGCCAUUUGUUUUGGUAUAAAAGAUGUAGAUUCCGCUCCCGAUGAUCAUCUUUGUGAUGUCUGUCAACCAGGGAAUGACAUAGAUAGGAAACUGGCCAGAAGGAAACAGUUGCAACAAAGAUCUUUGUUAGGUUUGAAUAAUUUACCUGAAUUAGAAUCUAGGAGUGAAAAUGGAAACUUUGACUUUGAUAAUCACGAAUCAUCACCAAAAAAAGACGUAAAAAUAAACGCCAAUAACAAGGGUAGAUCUCAGAGUAAUGCUGAUAAAGUCGCAGAAGAUAUUCAUUUAGAGGAAAUGGAAAACGAUAAUGAUGAAAAACAUACAGAUGAUGGGCGAAUUAGCAGUAGACCAUCAGUGAUAGACAUUCCUGUCCAAUCACCGGAUUUAGUAGUUCGAAAGAAAGAGCAUUUUUUGACAGCAAAGGAAGCAUUCCAAGCUAGUUUCCUGCCGAUCGAUAAUUAUCGGACGAAAGAUAAACUUGUUGAUUUAUUUAUUAAAAAACAUUCCAAUGAUGAGUUUAUAGAAGAAGUGCCCUCUUUCAAACCGAUCUCAUUUGAAGUAAAACCAUAUGCAGAUUUUAAUUAUUCAAGAGUCUUUCCCGGUUUUACAAAAUUAGGAAUAUUUAUUCAAGAAAACUGUAAUGAAAAUGCUCUAAUUGAAGAAUUUUUAGGUGAAAUAGAUUUCAAAAACCGUUAUUUGAAUAAUUCAAGAAAUCAAUAUAAUAUUUGGGGGUGUACCAAGAGGAAAGUUCUCUUUCAUCCACACUGGCCAAUAUACAUCGAUGCAAGAGCAUCUGGGAAUCUAACGAGGUAUCUACGAAGAGGUUGUAAUCCAAACGUUGAAUUAAUAACCAUUAAGGUUAACAAUGAAAUCAAGUUUGUUUUAAAGGCAAUAAAAGACAUUGAGAAAGGUGAGGAAUUACAAAUUGCAUGGAAUUGGAAUCCUAAACAUCCAAUAUUGAAAUUAAUUGAUGAAGAGGAUACCUUUGAGACUUUGACAUCGGAUGAAAAAGUUGUAUUGUUGACCUCUAUUGAUUCUGUAUUGGGAUCAUGCGAAUGUGCAUGUGGUAAAAAUAGUAAAGAAUGUCAUCUAUCCAAAAUUAAAAAGCUUUCAAAAAACAUGGUCAAAUCGCUAAAAGUUAAAAUGAAUAAUAGAUACAAAUUUAAUAUGGUGCUCGAUGAUUUGGAUUUGAGGAAGCGACGCCCGGGACCUGUUUUAGAUAGGUUAGUAAAAAAAUCUAUUGAUAGAAGAAAACGUCAUAAGGAGGGCAAUUUAUUGAAAAUAUUGCUAGAAGAGUUAGACCCUGCUUCGUUAAAAGAUGAUAUAAAAUUUGAUGAAAAUGUUACCAAUAGACCGAUGAAGACAUUGGAGAAAGAAAGGAGGAACGUUACCACAAAAAAAAAUAAGGAAGGAACAAUUCAUCCGUUUAAGAUAUGGUUGCUGUCAUGUAAUAAAAUUGGGAAACCUACUGUACAUAGGAAGAAAACAAACAUUAAGAUUAUCGAGAAUUUAGAGGAUUUAAAUGAAUCCAGAAUUACUGAUCUUGAUAAAUUAUCUAUUCCAAUCAAGCUUGAAGUGCAACCUUCGACACAGCGCCCAUCAUUACAUUCACAAUCAGUACAUACUUCAAAAAUAUCUCUCACAGGAUUAGGCCUAACCAAGAAAGCUGAAUCCACCGCAGAUAUUAAAAUGCGAUUUGAUGGAUCCAAGAGGCAUCACAGUAUCACUACAGGCCCUAGUAUGAUGCUAGAGAGUAAUGUACUUAGGGGAUUGUCAUCGCCAAAGAUUCUUUCAUCAAGAGAAAAGUUUGACGGUAAACCGCCUAGUAGAUCAACGACUCCCAUUUUGCUCAGUGCAAAAGAAUUUCAAGAUAUGGAAAAAGAACAUGACAAAACCUUGGAUUUGACUAGCGACGGUAAUAGCAGCGCUUCCAAUUUGCCAGCCUCUUUAGCAUCAGCUUCCCAACUGAAAAGAAACUAA